AUGUCUGAUACAUCAAAACUUGAAUUGCCAUUAGAUGAUAACAAUGAUUUACUUCGAAAAUCGAAACUAAAAAAAAGAAUACGAACCAUAGUCAGUUCAUUUCAACCAUUAAAUAAUGAUAAAAUAGUAUUAAAAAAAACUGAAAAUAUUCCAAAAGAUAAAAUUUAUAUAAUAGAAAAUCGUUUUACAACAAUUAAAUGUAUAGGUAGUGGUGGAUUUGGUGAAGUUUAUUUAGCUAAAGAUAAUAAUCAAAAUGAUUUAUUAGUUGCCAUUAAAUUUGAACGUACAGAUACUCAACGUCCUCAAUUACCAAUAGAAAAAUAUGUUUUUGAAAUUAUGUCUAAAUGUAUAUAUAUACCAAGAAUGUUCUAUUUUGGUACCCAUAAUGAAUAUACUGUACUUGCAAUGGAUUUAUUAGGACCAUCUGUUGAAGAUUUAUUGAAUUUUUCUGGAAGAAAAUUUACUCCAAAAACAAUUUGCAUGAUUGGAGAACAAAUUUUACGAAGUAUAGAAGCAUUACAUAAUCAUUCACUUAUUCAUCGAGAUUUAAAACCUGAUAAUUUUCUAUUUGGUCUUGGAUUAAAAUCACAUAUUGUACAUUUAAUUGAUUUUGGUCUUUGUAAAAAUUAUCGUCAUCCAUUAACAUAUGAACAUAGUUUAUAUCGAGUUGGUAAAACUUUAACUGGUACAGCACGUUAUUGUUCAUUGUAUACUCAUCAUGGAAUAGAACAAUCAAGACGUGAUGAUAUACAAUGUUUAUCUUAUAUAAUUAUUUAUUUAGCUAAAGGUUUUUUACCAUGGAUGUCAAUAAAAAUUUCUAAUAGAAAAAAACGUAAUGAAAAAUUAAUUGAAAUAAAAGAAAGUUUAACAGUAAAAGAACUUUGUCAAGAUUUACCAUAUGAAUUUGAAUUAUUUUAUAAAUAUUCAAGAACAUUAUCAUAUACACAAAGACCAGAUUAUGGAUAUUUAAGAAAUUUACUUAUUGCAGUUAUUAAUCGUCUUAAACAAAAAUUUGAUUAUAUUUAUGAUUGGCAUUUAAUUGUUAAAAUGUUUAAAGAGAAUUUAUAUGCUGGAAGACCAAUUCUACCUUUAAAGAAAAUAUAG